GCCAUUUUAUGGACACAAGUUUUUUCAUUUCUUUCACACCUCCGAAGUCUGAUAAUGUACAGCUAAUAUCGGGAUCUUUUUUUUAAUAAGAGUUUGAGGGAGGAUGUGAAUCCAUACACACUCAAGCCUUGCAAGGACUAAGAAUUGCUGCAUUGACCAGAGGAAGAAAAGUAAGAAAAGCUAUGGAGAACUCAACCCAAGUCAAGUUAUUUUAUCUCUUUGGCUUACAAGAGACAUUUAACAACAAAUCGGUAUAUUUUACCUUGUCUCUUAUCACAUACCUUCUCAUCAUCACUGUGAAUCUGACUCUGAUCAUAACAAUCAUUCAGCAGAAAGGUCUCCAUGAGCCCAUGUAUAUCUUUCUGUGUAGUUUAUGUGUCAAUGGAUUGUAUGGAACUGCUGGUUUCUACCCCAAGUUGUUACUGGACCUUCAGUCAGAUGUUCAGGUGAUAUCUUAUGGUGGAUGUUUGUCUCAAACCUAUGUAAUAUACACAUCUGUCAUGUGUGAAAUGUCUACUUUAACAGUGAUGUCUUACGACAGGUAUGUGGCAAUAUGCAGACCACUAUUAUAUCAUACCAUUGUGACAUCUUUAACUGUUAGAAAGUUACUCUUAUUUUCUUGGUGUUAUCCUUUAUUUAUAGGACUCAUAGUAGUUAGUUUAACCAUCAGAGUUCCUUUGUGUGGAUCUCGCAUUGAUAAGAUCUUCUGUGACAUUCCGUCUAUACUGAAACAUGCAUGUUUACCCAUUCCCAUCAAUCAGAUUUUGAACAAAUUUGUAAUUAUGGUUCAUGUUUUACCAAUACUUUUCAUUGUAUUUUCUUACUGUCAGAUUGUAAGAAAUUGUGUAAAGUCAGCUAAGGGAAGGAUUAAGUUCACACAGACAUGUGUGCCACAUUUAUUAACAAUGGUUAUUUUCAUCACAGUGACCCUGUUUGACAAUCUGCAAGGAUGGAAUAGUAAUGUAAAUAUUACGCUAAAUAUGCGUAACGCAAUGGCCGUACAAUUCCUUGUUAUUCCACCUGUAUUUAACCCUCUCAUAUAUGGACUUAACCUCCAGCAGAUUCGAAGCAAUCCUAUCACCUCACCUCUCACCGGCCCCCCCACUUUCUCCUUCUCACUCACCUUCGCCUUCACCUUCCCCUCCCUAAUCUCCAUCUCCAUCAUCGGACCCAGAGAAUGGGCUAAGAUGGACGUUGCCGUUGUGGACGUUGAGUCCAAGGUGGACGGGGCAGUUGACCAAGGGGGUCCCUCCAGGGAGUAUUACAGGCUCCUCAUGAGGGACAUCAGGGACUCGGCCAUCUUAGAGGGUCCGGAAGAAGCGAAACGGCUGUCCCUUGAGGUUUUUACCCAUAUUAAGGUCUGA